AUGUCUACAAAAAACUUCGCCAUAGAUAAGAAAGUGGGCCUUUUUGCUAUACAUGACACUGGUGCUCCGGAUGGGAGAAACGACUAUAAGACUCUGGUCAUUCUUCACGGUCUUGCCUGGUCGCGUGAAAUAUUCGCCCGUCUCUUACCAAUGGCACCACAGUUCAAUGCCCGUAUCAUCCUCGUCAAUCGUAGAGAUUAUCCCGGAUCGACACCACUCGACGACUCUGAUCGAAAGAACUUGUCCUCGUUCAAUUCCAGUACGGCUGAGGCAGCGCAGAAUAUUCGGUCAUACAUGCGAGAUCGCGCCAGGGAUGUUUACGACUUCUUAUGCGAGCUAGUUGCCGCUGAGUGUAUCCCGGGGGUAUCAGACGGAGGUGGCAUAAUCAUGGCUGCAUGGUCAUUCGGUGGAAGCUUGAUUACUGCGCUGCUGGCGUACUUGAAGACGUUUGAGGUCCCUGACGUGGUCCUAGGAGAAUAUAUUCGAAGGUUUAUCUUGCUAGACCCGCACUACCACAUUCUGGGCUUUCCUCGCUGUCCCGGUCUAUUCAGUCCAAUCGAGGAUCCGUCUCUUUCACCAAGCGAAGGUCUGGCCAAGUUCCCCGAAUGGGUAUCAGGAUUUUACUCCCACACAUUAUCUCCUUCGUUCCCGAUAUCUGCAGUAGAGAGCUCAACGUGGAACGCCAUCUCUCUCGCCAAGCCUCCACCGACAUUUCUCACCCUCUCACCCCAAGACGUCGAGGUCACAGUCUGCGCCGAGCCUGCCUUGCCGGAAGGGUCCGACGGCGUCCUUUUCGAAGCUGGGCAGCGACUUGGACUAUUCGAAGAGAUGAGGAAGAACGUGUUCUCCGCUGUCGCCGAAGUUGAGCUGGGUAGCUGUUCGAGGGCACUUGACUCAGUGAGGGAGAAGGCGAAGGGGUGGUGGAUGGAUGUUGAGAUUCGCGUCAUCUGGUGCGAUCAUUCACCGUUUUCGAUGCCAUGGGGCAUCCAAGAGUUAUACAAAUACCUGGAGGACGCGAAAGCAGCAGGUAUUGCGAGAGAGGGAGAAGUCAAUAUUGUGAGGAUGAGAGGAGCGAAUCAUUUCCCGCACUGGGAGGAUCCUGAGCGUACAUUGCGGGCGCUGUUAGCUGAAGAUAACAUGGUGGAGCCUUGA